AUGAAAACUGGCGAAGAGCUCAAAGUAGUAGCAAAGUAUCCUAUUUCACAUGCUAUUUAUUGCUUGAUCAUUGUUCAAGACAUAGUUUGUCUAGGAUGCCAACAAGAUCUCAAGCUUUUGGACCUCAAGACUUCCUCUAUUGUUGAUUUCUAAAAGAGCGAAUAGCCAGUAAUAACUAUUCUGCCAGAUCAAAGAAACCAAAGCAUCAUUAUAACUCUCAGUGGAAACGGAAUUAUUUAGGUGGUAGAUCUGAAAACAAAGGUACUUGUAUACAGAGUGAAAGCGUUUGAGAAAGUACAGUGCAUGGUCAACACUUCAACUACAAACAAAUAUGCCUUUGCGACCAACAAAGGUGUGAUUUUUGGAUUUCUUGAUACUCAGAAGGGCUAUAAGUAUACAAAGGACAAAGAUGAAGCUUAUUUAACUGGAUAAACAAUAGAUUAAAUUGCUGAAAUCGAUGGAAAAUUACUUGUAACCACCUCACAUUUGGUAUAAGUUAGUGAUCAUGACACAAGCUGGGGUUGGAGGAAUGAAACAAGAUACCAUUCAACUCUAAUUGACCGGAAAACCAAGAAAGAAAUCAAAUUCAGCGAUGAAGUAUCGUUCCACAGUAUGAAGCAAGUUAAGGGAAGAAAAGAUCUAUUGAUGGCUUAUAUGAACGGUCUCUGCUUUCUUGAUAUUAAUUAUCUGAAAGUUACUCAUUUUUACAGUUAUGGCAUUUGUGACUUAAAUUUUACAAACACUUUUUGUUAAGUGGACAACGGGAGUGAACUGAAACUAGGGAUUGUCUCGUACGAUAAAAAAGUUUCAGCUGUGAAAGUUUGUUCCUUAAAAUAUUGA